UAAGUGUGGUUGGUAAUCGUUGAUAUACUUGCUCUGCUGAGGCCACAAAUGUCAUUUGGGUUUAUUUAGAUAAACAAACGAACAAACUCGACGAUGUAUGUUUUAAUUGUGGCCUACAUCAUAGUUAUAAGCGGCUUGACUGCUGGACAAUUCGGCAAUGAGCCUGCACUAUCACUAACAGCAUCGAAGGGUAUAUCCAAUCCUCCAAUUCCAAGCCAGUCUCCAGAUACAAUACAGCCGCCACUGCAUCCAUUAAAAAAAGAUUGUCUUGACCGUGAUUGUCCUGAAUCUUAUGUGUGUAUGGCUGGUUCUUGUGUAACCGGCAAGCGAUGCAGAACCAAAUCCGAUUGUAAAAAUGGGCUUCACUGUGUAAAAACUUUGUGCAUGCGUGUUGUCUUUAAAUCCUUGCAAAACUUCAAAAAACCACGUUGGUUUUCACGUGUUUAGCUCAUUUUUUGUCAAACGAUGCUUAUU